AUGUGUUCAGUGUCCAAAAUAAAAGGUCAUCAAACAACGAGAGAUUAUGACCUUCGAGAUUUGACAUCUGCCUUACGAAAUAGGUUUGUCAGCGAUGAGUUUGAAAUAGUGUACUAUUCAGUACAAACAUUAUUGAGUCCUGGUGAGAGCUACUGCGGAAUUUUAACAAAACUAGAUGUAACAAUCCACAAAAAUAAAGAUGCUGUAGAUGAGAGUCUGCAUUUAGUGAUGAAAAAGAUAAACCCAGUCGAUAGAUUUUUUGAACAGAGUGUGGUCUUUAAAAAAGAGGUUCUUAUGUACACUAAUUUGAUUCCGGCAUACCAGAACCUGGAGAAAGAAUUGGGGAUCAAAGGGAAUGAGAUUAUUAAUAUUACCCCAAAAUAUUAUGGACAUCAGAAUUCGCGUGAAGAAAAUCCCGACGUAGUCGAUGCAAAUGCUUUAUUGUUGCUUGAGAAUUUAUACUCUCACGGAUACUACGUGUGCGAUAGAUUUUCAGGCUUGGACUUUAAUCGAGCCAAAACAACUCUAUCCGCAUUGAGCCGAUAUCACGCUCUUGGCAUCGCAAUGAGGCAAAAGCGACCGGGUGACUUUGAAAAAAUCAUCGGUCAAAUGAAAAAUCAAGGUAUAAACAUUGUUCACUUCAAAAAUAUAUACGAAAACCACCGCGAGGCUCUAAAAAACCAGCCUAAAUUCGAGCAGCACUUCUCGAAAAUUGAGUUCAGCUUCCGGAACCGUAAGAACACAGACGGGCCCUGGACUACCAUAACCCAUGGCGAUUUACGCCUAAAUAAUUUACUGUUUCGCAAGAAAAGUAGUGAUAGAGCAGAAGACUACGACGUCAAACUGAUUGAUUUUCAGAACUGUUUCUACAAUAGUUUGCUCAAAGACGUGAUGUACUUCUGGAUCACUAGUCUGGACGAAGAUACUCUAAAAAAUAGACUUGACGAUCUGCUCGACUUUUACUACGACUCAUUCGUGUCGUGGCUGAGGAGAUUCGACUGCGAUGUUGAAUUUUUUUCAAAGGCCGAGUUUGAAAAAGAAUGCAAAGAAGAGGCCCUUUGCCAUUUCAUGGUUUCCAUCGUCACCCUGAAAUUUGCGUUGCAUCAAUUUGGUGAGGAGGCUAGCAAUCACGAUGCUAAUGAGCUUGCCAAUAUUGUGUUACAAAGCGAGUUGAGCGAAGCUUACGUGAAAAGAUUGCUGAUGAUUGUUAAUAUUUACGAGAGGAAAGAAAAAAAUCACGUGGAAAGGGUAGAUUCCGUCGAAGCGUCAGAAGUAGAAGGAAACCAGACAGUCAAUGGCAAAAAAGAGAUAAUCGACGUUAAAGAUUUGACGUCCGUCUUGCAGAAGGGGUUGAAAAGCGACAAGCUCGAAGUAGUGCAUUUUUCAGCACAAUCAUUCUUGAUUCCGGGCGAGAGCUAUUCCGGAAUAUUAGCGAAAGUUGAUGUGACGAUCCAUAGGGAUGAAGGUGACAAAGAUGAGAGUCUGCAUUUAAUAAUGAAAAGGAUAAAUAUGCUGGAUAUUUUUUUUGAACCUCAAGUGAUCUUAAAAAGGGAAGUUUUUAUAUACACUGAUUUGAUUCCGGCAUACCAGAACCUGGAGAAAGAAUUGGGGAUCAAAGGGAAUGAGAUUAUUGAUAUUACCCCAAAAUAUUAUGGACAUCAGAAUUCGCGUGAAGAAAAUUCCGACGUAGUCGAUGCAAAUGCUUUAUUGUUGCUUGAGAAUUUAUACUCUCACGGAUACUACAUGUGCGAUAGAUCAUCCGGCUUGGACUUUAAUCGAGCCAAAACAACUCUAUCCGCAUUGAGCCGAUAUCACGCUCUUGGCAUUGCAAUGAGGCAAAAGCGACCGGGUGACUUUGAAAAAAUCAUCAGUCAAGUAAAGAAUAGUGGCUUAAAAGCUUUGGUUUUGGAAAACAUUUUUCGCAACCACUACGAGGCACUGAUGAACGAACCCAAGCUCGAGCAGUACCUCUCGAAAAUAGAGUUCUACUUCCAGAAUUGCAACAGCAUAGACGGGCCCUGGACUACCAUAACCCAUGGCGAUUUACGCCUAAAUAAUUUACUGUUUCUCAAGAAAGAUAGUAGUAGACCAGAUGACAUAGAUGUAAAAACGAUUGAUUUUCAGAUCAGCCAGUAUGAGAGCUCGCUCAAAGACGUGAUGUACUUCUGGAUCACUAGUCUGGACGAAGAUACUCUAAAAAAUAGACUUGACGAUCUGCUCGACUUUUACUACGCGUCGUUCAUGUCGUGGCUGAGGAGAUACGACUGCGAUGUUGAAUUUUUUUCAAAGGCCGAGUUUGAGAAAGAAUGCAAAGAACAGGCGAUCAUCCAUUUCAUCAAAUCCACUGCGGCUAUGAAGUUUACUUUGUAUGAAUUUAUUGAUGAGGCUGAUGAAUGUACCAGCGACGAGCUGAGCGAUAUUGUGUUACAGAGCAGCUUGAGCAAAGCUUACAUGAAAAGAUUGCUGAUGAUUGUUAAUAUUUACGAGAGGAAAGGUUGGUUUUGA